AUGCAUCCACGUGAGGCGGAGGGAAAAAGGAAGCAGGACAACGUGGGCCUGUACAACUUCUACAACAAUAUCAUCCCGAGUCAGUCCAUCAGAACAGCCAUCCACACAAAUAUAAAAGGAAAUGGAAAGAAAUAUUUACUAUACGCUUGCAGUAAUUAUCUGAACGUGUGUUCAGUGGAUAAGGAUGGCUACACAAGUGACUACACCAAGCAUGCAGUCUUUGCGGAGAUCUUGGAACUGAGAGAAUACAUCCCAGAAAAGCUAGCUGAUUCAGGAAUCAAGGAAAAUAUUAAAUCGUACGUUUUUUUACUAACGAGGAAGUACAACUUGCUACUUCUCCAUUUCGAUGUGAAGCUAAACGAUUUUGUAACCAUCUCUCAAGUCAAUUUACACGAAACUAAUGGAAUGAAUAUAGAAGAAGACAUCACUCUCCUCUUGGACGAUCGGAACAGGACUCUCCUAUUCUAUGGAUACAAAAGUAUAUUAAAGUAUAUACACAUAGACUAUGACGACUAUUUCAAUUUGAGCCAUAUAUACACUUUACGAUUGGAUGAAGGUCUCGUCAUAGACAUAAUUUUUUUGAAGCUCAAACAUGGAAGGGGUAACGGUGCAACAGGAGGAGGCGGAGAUGGUCAGGAGGAACAAAUGAAACCUCUCCAACUGAGCACAAGCAGGCACAGCAUCGACACACAUGACGAGUAUUCAACUGAUCUAGUUAAAACUGGAAAGGGAGGCACCCACCCAAGUAACACCAAAAAUAGAGGUGAUAAUUUCAUCACCAAUGUAGGAACUGAUAUUAAAACAGAAGGAAGAAGCAUUGACCCUGAGGGAAGUAUUAAACAUGAACGUAGGAGCAAUGUUACCGAUGGACAAUACACGACUGUAGAACGAAUCAAGAGACAGUACGCAGAUAAGACGGCGACCCUUGAUUACGAUGCUUCCGUGAAUGGAAUUUUCUCCAGAGGAGAAGAAAGGAACACAUCAAAUAUGGGGUUUAAGAAAGGAUUCGAUGAAUGGACAUGCAAAACUGAGAAUCAGACUCAGGAAGGACAUCCCCCAAUGGACACCUUUAUGGAUAACUUCUUUUCGGAUGACAUUCACUGGGAAAAUAACGAAUCGAGAAGGAAAAUCGACACCCAUGGAGGGUAUCAAGAGGAAAGGAAAAAAGGGAAGAACAAAAUAAGCGCUACGAUAUGUGUCUUGUAUGACGCUAAGAAAAAAGAAUCCACUACCUACGAGAGGUACAUAAGACUGAUCCGUUUAUAUUCUUCCAAUAAUGAGGAGCAUUCCGGCAGGUUAAGUGAAACGAGCGCAUCUAUGAAUCCAUGUGUAAAAAAUGGGUUCACUGAAUACCGUCAUAUGAAGACUAGCGGUGACUCUCACCCAUACAAUAAUAAUGAAGUAAAUUUUGUAAAAGAACACAAGGAUGAAGAAAAAUGUAUCCACCUGAUGUAUUACAAAUCCGUAGUAGUAGACUCCAGCAUAAACAAGCUCCUCUGUUUCGCCAGAAAUAAAUUAAUGUUGGUAGGUUUCCAGUUCAUUAGCUAUGUUAACUUAGAAACAGACAAGGACAGAAACUUUUUCCUGAGCUCCGAAUUAAGAACCAUAAGGUGUAUUGAACAAUUGAGUAGAAAUAAAUUUAUUCUAUCGGAUGAUUAUGGCGAUCUCUUCAUUUUAACGUGUCUAUAUGAAUCCAAUCCUUCUUCCCUUAGACUAAAAAGUGAUUCUAGCAAUGCGGGUAGCUCCCCUAGGGACACACUUAUCGGGGGGGACCAUUCUGUACGCUACGAAACGGGAAGAUUCCGGGAAGGCAUCAUCCACGGCGAGGAAAUGAGGAACCGAGACUGUAACAACAUCAACUCCAUCAGCCUGCAGUUCAUAGGUACCUGCUCCAGGUCUAACGUAAUUGUAUCCCUCUUCACCGACAUAAUAUUUCUGGGUUCCCAAGUCAGUGAUAGCUAUUUGCUGCGAAUGCACAAUUAUCCUGUAUGUGAAUAUGAGGACUACAACCCAGUGGAACCACCCGCACUUGCGACCCACAGUGAUUAUCAUUGUUUGUCAACCGAUAGACAUAGACAUGUCGGAGACGGGGAGGAUAACCAUAAUUUGAAUGAUGAUAACGGAGGAUCCAUUGGGGGGCACCUCUCUAUAGGAGAUGCAACGAACGGGAAAAAUGUAAACAACGGAAACGAUGGAAUCAAUGCGGAGAAAGAGAAGAACACCCGAUUUUAUCAACAUCAGGGUGGAUCACAGGACGAAGGUUUUCUGAAUGGUGAUAUGGUUGCCGAGCACACCCUGUUGCCCCAAAGUGCCAAUCGAAAUUCUCGGUUAAGCCACUGUUACGAUGAAAAUAUGCUCCGGCACCGUAGCGAAUACGGGAACGUAACAUCUUUGGAGAGUGCCUGUCUUAAUAAGGAAGAGGGAGACCUCCUCGUACACUCCAAAAGUUAUAUGCAAGAGAAGAAAAAAAAAAAAAAAAAAUUUUUCAUCGAAAUAUUAUCAGUCAUACAGAACAUGGGGCCAAUCUUAGAUUUCUGUGUUGUCAAAAAUAAGAAUGAGGAGAAGGAAAUUAUAACAUGUAACAGUUACGGAAGAACAGGAUGUAUAUCGAUCAUUAGGAAUGGAAUGAAAGUGGAUAUAAUAUCCAAACUGAACAUUGGUAAAAUAACUAACAUGUUUGUCGUUAAGUAUGUUAUUCACCUGAGGAAAAGCUCUCCCAAGGGAAGUGCGGGGGGGGAAUAUGUUCCUGGAGGAGGACCGUCACAGAAGAGGAACAUCCAGGGGGAGGAGAAAUCACGAAGGGAUGAGAAUGCCUCCCUCAAUAGUGACGACCAUGUCAACCAGAAGGAGUUUUUACGAAACGAUAUUUUUCACAACAAUAGUGAAGAAAAACGAAAGAAACCACCACUGCACUUCCAAGCAUUCGCCUAUCUAAAUGAAAAAAAAAGUGUCGAAAUAAAGGAUAUCGAUUUGUGCUUUUUAAAUAAAUAUUACUUCCAGAACGAGAACGAAAUUGAUGUUUUGAACUAUGCCAAUUUUAUAUACUUUCACAUUUUCAUCAUUUGUUUGUCUUACGGAUAUCACACCAAGGUAAUCGGCGUGUGUAGGGAAACACCAGGUGCAAGGGCAGACAGGAACAAACAUGGUGUAUCAAGGGAGGCCACUUCAAAUUUCGCAGAAUAUCCACAUGGUCAGAAGAAGAAUCAGCAGAAUGAUAACCGUGAUGGUGAUGAUUAUAAUUCAUCGUCCAACGAGACCAAUGAGUACUUUCCUAACGGUUAUCCUUUUUAUUGUGGAAGAGGACCAUCGAACAAUCACAACGAAAUUUGCCUGUGUGAAUAUAAGGAUGUAGACGUAGAUUUCACAAGCAACACUAUACAUUUCAAUGUGUUAAAGAAUUUUCCUUAUCUUGUUCAAGUGACCAAUAGACACAUCAAUCUUCUUUGUUGCUUAUCUCUGAAGAUGGUGUACCAGUUGGAGAAAGACUACAUUUUUAGAUUUUCCUUAUACAAUGACUACCUUUAUAUUUAUUGUGAUAGGGGUAUUGAGGUGUACUCCGUUGAGGAGAGGUACCUGCAACUUUUGCAUACCCACGAGAUCAGCCAAGCUAUUAGCUCCUUCGUGGUGUACAAAAGCUUGAUGGCGUGUACGCUCAACAGUAGGGAAGUGGUUCUCUUUAACAUUGACCAUGGGGCGCUCGACCGAAUUAGAAGGGCAUCUCGUAGCUCUGCAGGUGAAGGCGCAUCGAUAACCAAUUCGAUGAACAGGAUUCCGAACAAUGAUGAGAAGUGGAAAGGCAGAAGCAUCUUCGUCCAGGCGAACCACUACACCCCCUCGUUGGAUUACUUCAUCUUCAUUUCAGAUGUCCAAGUGAUAGAUCUUAACGACAACGUGUACCUCUUUGUUGGAUACAGCAACGGGGUCGUAGAAUAUUUUCUCUUGUGCGCAGAUAGGAGGAGGGUGGAUGGAACUCAAGUGAAUGAUCAUUCCAGAGGGGGUAGCAAAAAGGGGGGAGAAUCGAGGAGUCGGCUCAUCCAUCCAGAUCAUGCACCGACUAGACGCGGAGCUAACAACAACUUGUUCAGGCUGCACAAAUGCUACUUGAAAAAAAAGGAAGAAACGUUACGUUCCAUUUAUCGAGACGAACUCAUUAAGAAGGAGAAUCAACCAACACACAGUUAUAAAAUAAGAAUUACGGAUACCAUGGAAAAGCAGAAAAAGGAGAGAAAAUACAAAAGGGAUUUAAUCAGAUACAUGUCGGAAACGCAUGCCAAUGUACUUCCAUACUUCAACACUGAGAAAAAUAUAUUCACCAAUUUCUCCGACUUACAUACCUUAUGUGUUAGGGACCAGGAAGAUGAAAUUUUGUUGGACUAUGAUUUGUUUCAUCAUGCGCAACCUGAAUCCGACACUUUUAUAUGCAUGGAGGAUAUUUUAAAAAGGAGCAACCCCACUGAACACAAAUCAAACUGUAAAGAAAAGAUGCAUUCAGGUGAUCCCAUCGCAGAACAGGAUAAGGACAACCUUCCUGACGACGGAGAACAGUUGAGCGAAUGCAGCCGUAGCCAGUACGUUAAAUGUCCAGGCGUACCAUCCAGGUUAACCAAUCAUCCCUUCAGGAGAAAAGGAAAUGGUAAAAGGCAUCACAAAGAAAUGAGUCUCCAUCGGAAGAAGGCCAAAUACUAUUUUCAGUUUUUUCAAAUUUAUGGUAUGUCAUCGGAAGAAUCUUCUGAUGAAGACAUCUUGAGCUUUCGCACCUUCGAAAUGUUAGACGCGAAAAUGAAGCAGAGGAUGAAGGUAGCUCACGCUAGAGACACUUCAAACUGUGGAAGUAGUUAUUGCGAUGGUAGAAGUUGCAGCAGUAGUAAAUAUGUUUUUCGUGAUGAUGUGCGAAGCCAUGAUGCGGAUACGCGUAAGCAUGUCGGAGGGAGGAACAAUCUAUUGAACAAAAUUCCAACUGCUCAAAGCGAAUCGUCUGAUUCUAACGGAGAUGGUAGCCAUGUGCCUACUUCAUCAGGGAAGAAAGCCAUAAAUUUGAACCACGAAAUGGUUAGCGAGGAUGGUCCCUCCGCCGCUACCCACCAUGGAAGAAGGAGAUACUCUCAGGGGGAGGCGAGGCUCAAAGUCCCGAGGAUUUCCAGCGCAUUGGACGAAAUGAGUUCGAGUGACCGGGAAGGGAAGGAAGGGAAGGAAGAAAAGGAGGAGGGGUCGGCAGAAGAUCCCUCGUCAGUGAUAAAGGAACGGAAAAAAAGAAAGAACAAUCUUAAUCCAAGAAAUGGAAAUAUGGAAAGAAGGAAUUUGUGCAAAGAAGAGCAAAAUUCCAGUGCUUGUCAAUCGGAUUAUCUCCCUACUGAUGAAAACCAAGGGGGCCAUACCCACACGCGCGGGGCGAUUUGUAAAAAGAACAUAAAUAAUAAGGAAUACAUGAUAGAAGAAAUGAAAAAGAACAAAACAAAUUUAACGAAAAGGGAACUGAAAGAGAUGAAGGAAAAGGAAGAUAGUCUUAGUGACAUUUUCGAAAACAAAAUAAAGAAACAAUACAACGAUGUCUAUGUCCGAGAAAAAGAAAUGGGAUCAGGAAAAUAUAGUGAUGUAGAUGCACAAGUAGAUGCAGAUAUAUCAUCAGAUGCAUCUGUAUGUUUUAAAAAUCUGAACAAUAUUCUCUUUGAUGAAAAAGUCUAUCUAAAAAAAUACGUUGUGAAAAGUGAAAAAAUAUUAUUAACCAAGAGGAGAAAAAUUUCCACAUGUACAAAAAGUCCAGUGAAGUUUAAAACAUUCUUAAAAGUUAAUUCGGAAAAAAAUCUUAUCGAUAUUAACAUGAGCAAGCUUAGUAAAAAAUGCAAUUUUCUUUUCGUUUGUUGCGACAAUCCUAUUAUUAUAUACUCCACACUGAAGAAAAAAAUAUCCACCUCCAAGCUAUCCAUCAGGAAUGUACUCCUUGUCGACAUGUUUAGCGACUUUAAUUACCUCAAUCCUUUUCAUAACUUCCUGUCGUUUAAAAAAAAAAAUCAGAAUAACUCCUACUUCAUAUUUUUCGAUGGACAUAAAUUGUGUAUUUCAUACCUAAACGAGAUGAAGAAAACGUUUAUGGAGAGAAUUCCCUUCCAUAGAACUGUUGAAAAAAUAGCCUACCACGCUGAUACGGGAUUGCUUAUUACGGCUUGUCCUGUGGAGGAGAAACACAAAACCAACCAGAUGAUGAAACAAAUCGUCUGCUUCUUCGACCCUUUCCAAAAUUCCUUCAAGUACACCUAUAUCAUUCCCUCCAAGUUUAGCGUCUCGAGCAUAUGUAUUUAUGAAUUGGCGUCCAGCCAUUCCCUGGUUGCAGAUCACUCUGUAGAUCAAAUGAACCAGGUGAAUCACCCCAACAACAAAGACGGGGCUCUUAACCCCCCCGUACACACACUAAUUUGCGUGGGUACGGCUAACAACAACGAACGCAUCACAGAGCCAUCUUCCGGGCACAUCUAUGUCUUCGUGGCCAAGAAGAAGACCAACCAGUUUGAAAUCAAGCACAUCUACACUUACAAUGUCAACUGCGGCGGGAUCACACAUUUGAAGCAGUUCCGUGACAAGAUCGUCGCGGCGGUGAACAACACGGUCCUCAUACUUGACAUUAGAAAUUUUCUGACCAACUUAGGUACAUACAUCUACAACGCGAGCAAAGCUAUGAAAGUAGAGAGCAACGAUGCCUUCCUGGAGGUGGCCUCCUUUACGCCGAGCUCCUGGAUUAUGAGUCUGGAUGUUGUAAAGAACUACAUCGUCGUCGGGGAUAUCAUGACGUCAGUGACACUCCUGUCUUACGAUUUUGAAAAUGCCAUUCUCAACGAAGUGUGCAGGGACUACGCGAAUAUUUGGUGCACAUCCGUCAGUGCUUUGUCGGAGGACCACUUUCUCGUCUCGGACAUGGAGUCCAACUUCCUCGUUUUGCAAAAAUCAAAUAUUAAGUUCAACGAUGAAGAGUCCUUCAAGCUAUCGUUGGUUUCACAAUUCAACCAUGGAAGCGUCGUCAACAAAAUGUUGUCGACGUCGUUGAGGAACCUGGUCGAUGAGUACGAAUCUGAGGAGCGCCCAAACGAAAUUGUACAGAAGGAGCGGAGUAUUCUGUGCGCCUCCAGCGAAGGUUCAAUCAGCACCCUCAUUCCCUUUUCCAACUUUAUACAAUUUAAGAGGGCCUUGUGCAUCGAAAUUGCUAUAAACGACAAUAUAUCAUCCCUCGGAAAUUUGAGUCACAGCUCUUACCGAGAAUACAAAAUCACCUUGGCCUCCAAAAACUGCAAAGGUGUAGUCGACGGAGAGCUUUUUAAAAUGUUCUUUUAUUUGCCCUUCGAGCGACAGCUGAAGACAUAUAUUUACGCCAAGUGGAUCGCCAAAAAGUUGAAUUGCAAGCUCGGGAGCUUCGAACACUUUUUGCUGGACAUAGAAAAUUUGUGUGGCCUUUUGUGA